AUGACUUCAACGUAUACUGCACCGCAAGACCUGCAGAAAGCCGAUGCAUUCUUUAAAGAAACACCCGCUCAACAAUGGAGCGACUUCGCUGCAUUUACACGAAAACAAGCCUCCAAUAAAUUUAGGAGCAUCUUAGGUCGCUACGCCGGAUCUUUAGUUGCACUUAGUAAAGAAUCAAUCGUGCCAGAAAGCAUUCGAGAGUAUUGUAUUCAAUUACAUAAAGCGGCUACGUCAGCGAAGAAAGAACACUUUAAUGAAAUCGCGAAACAUAUCAUCAAAGUGAAGGCAACCGAGGAUCGGAUAAAUAGGUUGAAGAAGGAAGUCACGACAAAAGCUGCCCUUGUAGGUGGCAUGCAUGUCGCUGUAGCUCUUGACAGCUGGUUCACUGAAGAUAAAGAACAAGUGCAGGAAGCACAGGAAAACUUGGAGGAAGAACACAAAGACCAAUCUCAAGACGGGAUUACCACCCCUCCUCCAAUACCAAUCGAUGCUACAAAACUAUUGAUUUCCCCGAACAAACGGGCGAUGUCCGAUGAGGGCGUGCAGCAAUACAUGCACGACGUCAACAUCAUUGUGGCUGAUGAUUUGACACAGGACGAACUGACUGCAGAUGUGGGUGAAGAGACAGCCAAGAGAAUUACCUCAAGACGAAAUACCAGCCCUGCCAUAUGGACGGCUGUAGAGGCAUAUGUUGAUGGUGCCCUAGAGACCCAGAACACAACCUUUGAAAAAACCGCCGAUAAAAAUGUGGAUCUCUUCAAACUGUAUUGCAAAAAGGUUCUGGAAGACUUCUUCAACAUGGUUGAUCUCCAUCCUAACAUGAGCCGCAAAAUUGGAGAACGAAAGUAUAUGGCCUAUCAUGUGGUUCCUCUGUUUAAGUAUUAUGAGAGGACAUUCGGUACAAUUGACUUCGAUUGGGCCGAAACGCACGUGUCUUCAGCUAAAAUGGUGAAAUCAGACGAGGGCUCUGGAAUUGUGCUAGCAGACGCGAAGGGCACAAGGAUGCUGGAUGGACUGGAGGUCUGGCAUCUUGAAGUCGCUGGACCUCCCAAGAACUGGAUAAGACGCCAUGUUCUUGGCGAUUCAAAGAAGACGCUGCGUACAGACACACUCAACCUUUUAAGAAUUCUAGAAGAUAGAUUAGACUGUGAUGUCGCUCUUGGUAGCAAGAUACAAGUGUUUUCCAUGUUAGGCAUCGAUACGCGAAUCACAUUGUAUUCAUUGAGGAUGCUUCAGGACGGACGAUUUCUUGCAACAGAGCUGGCCACGGCCAUCAUCCCAUUUACUCAUAGCGGAAGGAUGCAGAUGAAGGCUGUGCUGCGGAUGGUGGCUAUAGUACAUGACGAGUUGACGAAGCAAGAAAAGCUGCUAGAAGAAAUUGAUCAUUGUGUCCAGCGCCCUCAAGGAAAGGUUACU